UGCGUCUUUUCCCCGCCGGCCCAGGGAGCUUCUCCAGCUGCAGCGCUCGCGAGGCUUAUGCGCCCACCAAGGCGGGGGUCUCCCAGACUCUGGACCUCUUCCCGGUUCCUGAUGGCUGCCCGGGCUCCCCUCCUGCUUCUGCUGGCCCUCUGGGGCUGCUGCGGCCUCUCGUCCUCGUCCUCCUCUUCCUCCUUCCCGCAUCACCUGGUGCAGCUGAGCUCGCGGCGCAGCGCCUGUAAGCCCGUGCCCAGCAGCAUGAGCCUGUGCCACGGCGUGGGCUACAGCAAGAUGCGGCUGCCCAACCUGCUGGGCCACGACACCAUGAAGGAGGCUCUGCAGCAGGCCGCCUCCUGGGUGCCCCUCUUGACCAAGCAGUGCCACCGGGAGACCAAGAAGUUCCUCUGCUCCCUCUUCGCCCCCGUCUGCAUCAGCCAGAUGGAAGAGCCCAUCUUCCCCUGCCGCUCCCUCUGCGAGGCCGUCCGGGACAGCUGCCUGCCCGUCAUGGCCGCCUUCGGAUUUCCUUGGCCCGAAAUGCUCAACUGCAGCCGCUUUCCUGGGGGCAACGAGCUCUGCAUCCCCCCGGUGGGUCCCGAAGACCAAGAACAGCCCCUGCGAGAAGAUGCCGUAUGCACAGCCUGCCUUGAUUCUGGACCGAGUGAGAAGGAUUUCUUGGAGAAAGUCUGCAACCAGGAUUUCGCUCUGAAGAUGACCAUCAAAUCCUUGUCUGGCGUUGGGGGCGACCUGAAAGUCAUCCCGGAGCUCCGCGGCCGGACGCUUUACAAGCAGGCCAACUGGUCCGAAGAGGAGCGGAAGAAGCCGGUUCUGUGGCUGGUGGACGGCGAGGGCUGCUCUUGCGAAGAGCUGGCAGGGGGGCCAGGCACCGUGGUCCUGGCCAUGGGGCACCGUCUUAGCAACCGUCUGGUCCUCUCCUGGGUCAGGAGGUGGAAACACGGGGAGAAGGAGCUGAAGAGGUUCUCCAGGGCGGUGCGGAAGCUGCAGUGUUAGAGGGGGGGGCUCCUCGUUGCCCAUCAUCCUCUGCCAGCUGUGGACCCUCGGGGUGGAAGUCGGGCCUGCCCCAAACCUUGCAGGCAACCGGUUUUUCCAGAUCACGGAUGAAUUGGGACUAAGAAAGUAGCUAGCAAACUAUGAGGAACAGAAGAGGUCGAACGGUUCUCCUAUGGCCCUACAGAGAAGGGAAGAUCGGGAGGGGGGCAUAAUACAGGUAGUCCUCGACUUACGACAGUUCAUUUAGUGACUGCUCAAAAUCACAAUAGAACUGAAAAAGUGAUUUAUAACCAUUUUUCACACUUUCAGCAUCCCCAGGGUCAGGUGAUCAAAAUUCAGCCGCUUGGCACCUGGUUCAUACUUACGAUGGUUGCAGUGUCCCAAGAUCACUUGAUCCCCUUUUGCGACCUUCUGACGAGCAAAGUCAAUGAGGAAGCCAGAUUCACUUAACAACCAGGUUACUAACUUAUCCACUCCAGUAAUUCACUUCACAGUUUCACAAGAAAGGUCGUAAAAUGGGGCAAAGCUCACUUAACAAAAGUCUCGCUUAACAACAGAAAUCUUGGGCUCAGUUGUAGUCGUAAGUUGAGGAUUAUCUGUAAAAUGUCAAGACAAGAAGCAAGAUAGAGGGAGGGGUACUUUUUGCUAGACAAUCACAAGUGCAGGAAACUUGAUAGGGAGCAAUUCUGUUUUUUAAAGCCAGAGAUGCAGCAAUAUUAAAAUUUGCAGCCUGAAUUGCAUUGAUCAGGGAACAAUUUCGGAUUAUCCAUUUUGCGCCCACGUAAGAAGAGACGCUGUGCCCAGCUGGAAGGGACCUUGGCACCUCUCUCCUCUCAGUGCCCCACCAAACAGCCCACGGAAGGCCAAAGCCGUUUCAGGCCCACUAAAUAGUUGCAGGUUAGCGGAUGGCCGUCUGUCCACAUUGGCACAAAAAUAACGUGGCAGGUUUCUGGAGGUUCAUCCUUGGGCAAUUACCAACCUGGUGAAUUUACAAUCCACGGUAAAACCCAGGAAAUGGGUAGAUGUGGUGAUCAGGCAAAACACAAUUCCUGAGCCCUUGAGUCAUUGGCACCAACUCGGACCCAGGCGGCUACCAGCUCUCUCAACUGCCCUGCUAAGCAAAAUGGUUGUGGACGACCACCUCAAAUGCCAAAUACCCCACAUUGCCCAGUUUCGUGCCAUAGGCUGGACCCAAGUGGUCUUGGCUAAGGGGGGGGGGGAUGUUCAGCGUCUCAUGGGUUUCCAGCCAUUGGCGCCCCAGAACAUGGAAAUGGCCUGAGUGAGAUUUGCUUCCGGCGUUCGUCUGUCUGCCAACCUAUUUUAUAAGUCCUUGCGGCAUCUAAGGUGGGCGUGAGGGACCCAGCAGGAGCAGGCCUUAGACGUUUGGCAGCUCCAACUUCCAUGUGAUUGAUACACUGCAUGGAGAGCCUCCUAAUGCAAGCAGGGUCUACCUGUGUUCUCAUUAAUCCAGGCUGGUGAAGGUAGAAUCAUUUGAGGUGCCAGAAGGUCUCCUGCCCAUCAUUCUGACAAUACCGCUAGCUUUGUGGUAUCCAAAAUGCCAUCAGAAGCUGCUCCUGAAAGUCAACCUCUAGCUCUGUUCUGUGACUUUUUUUUUUUUUUUUUUUGGUUAUGCCUUAGCUAAAUAGUUUGCUGUUAUUAAAGGAAGCCCAUGUACCCAG